GUGUCAGCUGCUCGGAUGAUGAUGAAAAGCCCCGCAAAAGACGGCGAACUAAUUCUUCUAGUUCCUCCCCUGUUCUCCUGAAGGAUGUCCCGAAGGCGGUGACUCCUGUCACCAAAACUAUCACCGUGCCUGUAAGUGGCAGCCCGAAGAUGAGUAAUAUAAUGCAGAGCAUUGCCAACUCCUUACCACCACACAUGUCGCCUGUGAAAAUAACCUUCACUAAGCCCUCAACACAGACAACAAACACAACAACGCAGAAGGUGAUAAUAGUAACCACCUCUCCAAGCUCAACUUUUGUACCCAACAUCCUUUCCAAGUCCCACAACUAUGCAGCAGUUACGAAACUUGUCCCAACAUCAGUCAUUGCCUCAACAACUCAAAAGCAGCCAGUGGUUAUAACUGCAUCUCAGUCCUCUCUGGUCAGUAGCAGCAGCAGCAGCAGUAGCUGUUCCACUCCCUCCUGCACCGCAAAUACUAUUGCAGUAACUGCUGUGGUAUCAUCAACACCAUCAGUAGUGAUGUCAACAGUAGCACAAGGUGUAUCUACAUCAGCUAUUAAGGUUGCCUCUACCAGACUACCUUCCCCAAAAGGUUUGGUUGGGAAUCCAACUCAGAUUUUAGCACAGUUUCCCAAACAGCAUCAGCAGUCCCCGAAACAGCAGCUGCACCAAAUACAACAGGCUCAGCAACAACAGCAGCAGCA